AACUGGUGAAGCAAGUGAAGUAGGUUCUCGAAGCUCUAAGGCACUGCCGAGGAAGGACAGAGAAAAUUCAGUCGUAAUUCGUCAGCAAAACCGUCUCAAUCUAAUAAUUUACCAGCUAUUUAUAUUAUCAGGUUUAUCUCCAUCAAUUAAACCAUGAUCAAGUUUGGAGUAUUACUGGGACUGCUUUUAAUAGGCGUUUGUUCUGGUGAAUUUUGUUUCAAUGAUGUUGAAGCCGCUUGUAGUCCUCGUCCACUCUCUGGCGAUGGUACAAUGCUAAAUUGUAAUGCGAAAUAUGGUGCAAUUGACCAAUUAAUGGUUGACCUGCAAAGCUAUGCCAAUGCAAACAUUGAAACGAGCUUUGAGUACUUACUCAUGUCAACGCACUUUGGUAACUAUGAAACAAACCGUGAAGGAUUCAAAGGUCUUUACCGCAAAAUGUCUGACAGAGCAUGGGAAAAUGCUAUAGACAUUAUUAAAUUCAUCACCAAGCGCGGUGGAAAAAUGGACUUUAAUCAGCUUCCGAGAUUCAAGCGAACUGGCAAGGAGCAACGUGUCGUUGAGCUUUCUGAGAUAAGCAGCUUGGCCAAAGCACUGGAUACCGAGAAACAAAUGGCUGAUGAGGCUAUCCGCGUUCACGGACAAGCUCAACACCAUACCAAACUUGAUUCUUCAGUGGCUCAUUACAUGGAAGAACAGUUCAUGGAACCACAAGCUGAAACUGUAAGAACUCUAGCAGGACAUACUAAUGAUUUGAAGCGUCUUCUCUUUGAUCAUGACGCUUCGUUAUCAAUAUACAUGUUCGAUGAGUACUUGAAAAAAACUUUGUAAUUUAAUUAUUACUAUUUCUAAAAAUUAUCUUCAAAGUUAUUUAUGAUAUUUCAUAUAAAGAGAAGAAAAUUUUAUUGAUUAAUUAAAAUAAUUUAUGUUACAACUACUCUUAUCAUAAUCAAUUUGUAAUUAAAAUUAAAUUCCAUCUAUUCUUUAUCGAAUUAUUUUUUUUUCUUGUAACAAUUGUAUAGAUCAAAUAUAUAAAUAUAUAUCCAUUUUAAAUCUGUAAUUUGUUACAAAUUAAGUUUAUUUGAUAUUUUGAUAAAAAUAAAAUACUUUAAAUUAAAACUAUAUCGCGUAGAUAUUAAUUAAGUAUUGUACUAUUUAUUUAUCAAUACGUGGAUUUUUGGCCUUGAUAUUUUGCACAGUAGAUUUAUAAAAAACCGAUGUCAUGAUACCUAAUUUUCACCCUAUUAAAAUAAAUAUAUUUUUUAAAUAGUUAAAAUUAAAAAAUUUUAAAACUUAUGAAUAAAACUAGAAAUUAAAUGUCAUAAAUUGGUUUGGUUUUUAUCGAUAGUUAAAAUCUUUAAGAAUUAUCCAUUGAAUAAUGGAAUAGAUAGUGAAAUAGAGUAACAAGAUAAAGAGGGAAAUAAAUCGUUAUAAAUUUAA